AGAGGGGGGCGGGGGGCUCCGUGCAGCGCCGUGGGUGGCCCCGCUCCGCCCCCGGCCCCGCCCCGCUCGGUGCCGGUGGGGUCGGGACGUGGCGGCCCCGCCCCAGCCCCAGCCCCGCGGCCAUGGCGGGCCCCGUGCUGGUCACCGGCGGCGCCGGCUUCAUCGGCAGCCACUGCGUGCUGCAACUCGCACAGGCGGGGUACGAGCCCGUGGUGGUGGACAACCUGCACAACGCCAUCGCAGGCCCGGAUGGGCUCCCCGAGAGCCUUCGCCGCGUGCAGGUCCUGGCCCGCCGCCCCAUCGCCUUCCAGCAGCUCGAUGUCACCGACGGGGCCGCGCUGCAGGAGCUCUUCAGCAAGCACCGCUUCUCAGCUGUGGUGCACUUCGCGGGGCUGAAGGCCGUGGGCGAGUCGGUGCAGCAGCCGCUGGAGUAUUACCGGGUGAACCUGACCGGCACCAUCCGCCUGCUGGAGGCCAUGAAAGCUCACGGCGUGAAGAACAUCGUGUUCAGCAGCUCCGCCACCGUCUACGGGGACCCCAAGUACCUGCCGCUGGAUGAGAACCACCCGGUGGGGGGCUGCACCAACCCCUACGGCAAAUCCAAGUACUUCAUCGAGGAGAUGAUUCGAGACCUCUGCAAGGCAGACAAGGACUGGAACGCCGUGAUCCUGCGCUACUUCAACCCGAUCGGUGCCCACGAGUCCGGCAUGAUCGGGGAAGAUCCUCAGGGCAUCCCCAACAACCUCAUGCCCUACGUGGCGCAGGUGGCAGUGGGGCGCCGCGAGUUCCUGAGCGUCUUUGGGAACGACUACGAGACCAUCGACGGGACCGGUGUCCGGGAUUACAUCCACGUCGUGGAUUUGGCCAAGGGCCAUAUCGCCGCGCUGCAGAAGCUGAAGGAGAACUGCGGCUGCAAGGUCUACAACCUCGGCACCGGCACCGGCUACUCGGUGCUGCAGAUGGUCCGCGCCAUGGAGAAAGCCUCGGGGAGGGAGAUCAAGUACAAGAUCACGGCCCGGCGGGAGGGCGACGUGGCCUCGUGCUACGCCAACCCCGAGCUAGCCGAGCGCGAGCUGGGCUGGAAGGCGGCCUUUGGGCUGGACAAGAUGUGUGAGGACCUGUGGCGGUGGCAGCUGCAGAACCCCACGGGCUUCAGCAAGAACUGAGCCCUGCCGCGGGGCUCCCCCAGCCCGGCUGCGGGUCCUGCCCCCCCCAAAUGCCCCACACCCGGGGCAGGGGGGCAGGAGCGGCCGCGGGCUCCCCCCUUCCUCCUCCUCCUCCUCCUCCAGCCCCGGGGCCCUGCUGGCUGCUGGGGGCCUCCCCGUCCUCCUCCUGCCCUCCCCUGUGGUGUUGGGGACCAACUCUCGCCUCCCAGGUGCUGUGGUGGGGCCGGGGGAGCCCCUGCCCACGGCCGGGGGGGCUCCGGGGGCUCCUUCUGCUUCUGCAGGAAUCACGGUGCCAAAGGGACGAGGCUGAGCUCUGCGGGCAAAUCCGGAUCCUAUUUAUUAGGGCAGUGGCCAGCCCGGCGCGCUGCCCCUUGCGAUUAAUAACUUAUGGUAAAUUAUGAGUCCAGCUUUUGAUUUGUUGCUAAAUAAACUUUCUUACUUUC